CAGGUGAGAAAUGUUAUUGGGAAAUGCAAUCACAUCACUCUCCAUGGAACGUUUUUAGAGUAUACGGCGCAAAUAUUUUGUAUGAUUCACACGAUGACGUCAAGAAAUAUUAGCUUGUCUAGUACCGUCCGACUAAACGAUGGUGUAACAAUGCCUAUAUUUGGACUUGGGAUGAAUAAGUUAAACUCUGGGAAAACUCACCAAGUAGACAGGGUGGUCGAGCUUGCCUUAUCCAUUGGAUACCGAUUAUUAGACAAUGCAGAGUACUAUGAAAACGAAACAGACGUUGGCCGGGCAAUUCGCAGUAGUGGUAUCAACAGAAGGGAACUUUUUGUUGUGACAAAGCUUUGGGAAAACGGCUACGACAGAUGUAAACAGAUUUUUAGCAGGGCCCUGAGGCAGUUAGACCUUGAAUACGUAGAUUUGUAUCUUAUUCAUAAUCCCUCAUCAACACCUGGUAAAUGUGUCGAGACGUACAGGGCCAUGCUGGAACUCCAACAGGAGGGACUGGUCAGGUCUGUGGGAGUAUCCAAUUUUGGCAUUCAACAUCUUGAAGGAUUAAAAGAAGAGGGACUUCCAACCCCAUCUGUCAAUCAAAUUCAACUCCACCCAUGGCAACAGAAUAAAGAUAUUGUUGACUACUGCAAGCAAAAUAAAAUCACGGUCAUGGGUUACGCCCCUUUAACAAAAGGCACAAAACUGUCGGACAAGACACUGCAAGAUAUCGCUACAAGGCACAAUAAAUCCCCGGCACAGAUUUUGAUACGAUGGAGUUUAGAACACGGUUUUAUAACAAUCCCAAAGUCCUCGGAUCCAACUCGAAUUAAAGAGAAUGCUGAUGUUUUCUCGUGGACUCUUAAUCACAGGGAUCUCCAGACGCUGAACGAAAUGCCUGAAUGGUCAUGUACACCGUUUAAUCCUACCAUAACACCUUGGAGCGGCUGAAGUCAGGAAGGAUCGUGACCCGUAUUCAUGAAACCGCAUGUUCAAGCAUGGAUUCUGUGCUCAAACCAACUUUCUUGUAACUAACUUAAAUCAUGUAAAAUAAUCAAAAAGUCAAAUGUAAACAUCGAAAACAUUAUUCGGCAGAAAGGUUAAACAAGCCCCCUAAAAUAUGUUGCAGACACCUAAAAUGUCAACCCCCCUGAUAAGUCAUGUUCAAAGACCUCAAUUAAAAAAUCGGAACUCAAAAUGUUAUUUGUAUAUAUUGAACUUGUACAUUGGCUAUACAAAAAAAUACAUAGCCAGGUUAACAUAGUCAAAUAUAAGGCAUUAAGGCUGAUGUCUUCAUAAAAAUAGCUUACUGGACUUAUAGCAUGUCAAUCUCUUUUGCGAUCCAACUAAGUGCCGAGAAAUGACCCAUAAUUUAAAGUUUAUUUAUAUACCUAGGUCAUGCGGAGCUUUAUUUCUCUUCUUUUAGCUGUUGAGAGGAAUUCCGACCUCAGAUAAAGGUAGAUGUUGACAUGCGAAACCACUAAAAUCAUAGUAAACCCCCUGGUAAAAAAAUAGAAAUUUAUAAAUAAGAAAACAAAGGCUAAGUAACCUUGAUCGAUAAAUGA